AUGCCGCGAAAGAAGCACUUGUAUGAGCGCGUUGCACUCCAUGAGGCGUCCGAUAUCGUGGAAGAGGAAAGGCUGUCUAGGACGAUUCGUAAACCCUAUCUUUGGCCGGUCAUCACGUACCUUAAUCUAGGACUCUUCGCAAUAUCGAUGGGCGUAUUGUGGUUCUCGCGAGACAAGCUCACCGGUCAUAACAAUGCAGUGAACGACUUAUUGGCGCUCACGUCUACUCCAUCGCCGAUAUUCCACAAAGUGCGGAUUGGCCUUGGGGAAAAACGAAUGAACGCAACUUUGCUUCCGACACCACAUGAUGAAGUCUACCGUGGUUUACCAAGCGCCGAGGUCGACCUGGCCUGGGAUCGAAUCGCAAAUACUCAACCGAUUGCCCUGACUAAGGAGGAAAUGGCCACGGCUGGCCUCGAUCCGUCGACGAUCGUCAAAUAUCCCGAGUCAUUUGGACUGGGUGAGGCUUACGCCGCUCGAAUCGAUGUUUUCCAUCAAAUACACUGCCUUGACGCGCUGAGAAAGCAGGCGUACUGGGAGGACUACAAGCUCGACGGAUGGACGAGCCUGAACACGUCGUCAAAACUACACCAGACUCAUCUGUCACACUGCCUUUACUACCUGCUGCAGAGCAUUACAUGUCAUGCCAGUGUGGACAUCUACCCCCAUAUAUGGACAGAUACACUUCGCCAGCCCUAUCCUGACUUCAACACUGUGAAGACGUGCCGGAACUUCGAUGCGAUACUUGCGUGGCAAGAGGCUCAUGGAAUCGAUGAAACAGACUUUUACGCAUUAAGGAGACCCGCAAGCUAUGGCCCUCCAGCUUACAUGUCAGAUGAGUUCAAGGAUGUCUGGCGCACGACACCGUGGUAUAAUGAGGAAGCAGACGAGCAUCACGGUCAACAGAUUGGAUAG